AUGUACCAAAGUAGCCAUUUUCAAGUUAAUCAGCUGAAUAAUGAAGCUACCAUUUGUGCUGAAGGUUGCUCUGGAAGUCCAAAUCACUUCCUCACUGCUGAUUUUUUUACCCACUUUGAAGGAAGUGGCACUAAUAAUUCCUCUAUUUAUUCUGAUGGGAAAAAUCAAGUCAUUAUUCCUAACGAGGCUUCUGCAGCUUCAUCAAAACAAGAAUGUCUAGGGAACUGUUCAGAUCAGCAAAUUCAUAUAAGAAGUAGACAAAAGGUUGGAAAGGUGGAUAGUGUUAAACCAAGUGCUCAAACUAAGCAUGAAGUUGAUAUAGAAACAUUAAAUAAAACACCUGGCCAGAAGAAGAAUGAUCCUAUUAAGUUGAGAAAUGUACACAAACAAACCAAAAUGAAUAACUGCAAGUGGAAACAGUUAACAGAUGGAAAGACUUUGAAACCCCACUGCAGGAAAAUUGACCAGGCAGAAAACAAAAGCUUGUUUGUGAAGGAGUUAAUGGAAAGAUCCACUUUGAGUAGAUCAAGCAUGCAAAUUCAUAAUGUGAAGGAAAAUGCAAUGAAGAGCAAGUCAAUUUUAUCUGGUACAGCUGGUUUCAAGAAACAGAGAAGAACUAGAAGAGAAAAUAUACCAUCAAACAAACCACAUUAUAGAUUGAGAAGCAUGUAUGCAAAUGUACUGCCUAAAAGACCCACCCAAAAUAGAAAGCAAACAGAAAAACAAAAUGAUGAGAAAUUCAGCCUGGUAGCCCAGAUUGUUGGGGCACAUGAUAUACCCCAUAGUGAAAAAUCUAGCAAAAUACUGUUUCCCAAAGAAUAUCGAAAUAAGGCUACAAAGUCUUGUCAUUCUAAAGCCAAAAUUCAAUUAAAAAAGAGAAAAUGCGGAAGAAAAUUUUUCAGCACCUGUCUUUCUACUACCUUUGAAGAACAACAUAAUGGAAAAUCAAAAACUGCCAGAGAUAAAGCAUCCAUUGUUCAGUUUGAACUAAUAUUGCCUGAGUAUUAUUCAUCUCCAUUAGAGAUUGCCCAGUGCAGUGAAGAUAAACUGCAUAGUUCAAUUUCAGGCUUAAAUUGUAAAGAUAACAAUAGGACCGUUGUCCCAGGCAACAAAUGUUCAGAGCCAGUGGACAGACUACUUCAACUGGAAAAGGAUCCAAACCUGAAUGAAACUAAUCCAGCUUUUAAUACAGGGUUAAAGAUACAUAGAUCAUGUAAAGGUAGUGCUAACAGAAGAUCUGCAAGGAAUAUCUGUAAAGAGAAGAGGAUUCCAUCACAUGGAGUAGGCCAGCCAAUUUUAAAAAAAGUCUCCAGCAUUUUGACAUUUGCUUCUAACUAUAAUAUUAAUUCAUAAACUGUGUAUUUUGAUAUAAUUUGUACUAAUAAGUAUACAUAUUUCAUUUAGUAAUAAGUUUUUUAAUGAGGGCAUUUCACUAAUAAAAGAUGCUGCA